AUGGCAAUGUUCACGAGAGCAUUGGAUGGUAUGCGAGCAAGAAGCCACACUGAUUAUUCUGCUGAAACUGCAAAGGCUUCACGUGAAGCAAGCACAAGAGGUGCUACUAUUCCUGGAGAGUUUUCGUUAACAGAUCAGGUUGAAGAUCCACAUAAAUGGAUAGAAGAAUAUACUAAGAAUGGCCUCGAGCUGCGUGCAGCUGCAGAAACAGAGCGUGUAGUAGAGAAAGAGUUGGGCUCGUGUAGAUGGGAAGCGGGCUUGGAAACAAGAGUUGCAGAUGGCGGAAACGAUCCAGUUCCAUCAGUGGCCUCACAGGUGGAACACAAGCUGAACGAGCCGUUUCCAGAGCGAGUAAAAGAAAAACAUGACUCCUCGCAAGAGGACUAUUGUUGCGUAGAGGCCCAGACCAAUAAUACAUUUGAAAGGGGGCCUGAUAAAGCAGCUUCUCCCGACAGCACGAUAACAAAUGACCACGAACAAGAGUGCGAGACUGAAUGCAAUAGCGCAAAUACCUCUAUGAAUAGCUCUUUUGAGUAUGUUCAUAAACCUUUAAAGGAUCUAAUAUACAAAACGAAUAAAAACAUCUAUGACGUUGACUCGCGAAAAGUAAAGUACAAGGCAGGGCUAUCGAAAAGGAACAACAUACUCCCUAGUUUGCAUCGAAACCGAAAACUAUCUCAAUAG